AUGGGCAGUAACGUUGACACCUCAACGGAAGUUGCAAAGGUCGAUACGGUGGCUGAAGCUCCGGAUACCGCCAAUGCGACGGCAGAUAGCGCAAGGGCGCCGGGAACUGGAGAAGCCGUGCCCUAUGGAGUGCCUGGAGCAACACCCACGCAUGUGGGAGGUGUUGCAUCUCCAAAAGCUUCGCCGAAGCCGUCUCCUCGUGAUGAAGCGGCAAGUUUGCCGAGCUCAGAUGAGGAAGCUGCGAAUCCAGCCGACAAACGUGCAGCUGAAACUGGUGAUGAGCCGCCGGCAAAGAAGAGCCGACUUCGUAAGGAAAUUCAUGGAUUGGUGAAGGUUGUGAAGGACGUUGUGAUUUGCCUCACCGCCUCGACGUCCACUUUGGACGGAACCAAUGAAAGUUUGCAGCAGACCAAGAAGGAUAUAAAUGCUCUCUGCAUUCAGUUAGGAGUGGACCAAGUGUCCGCCAAGUACUUCCUAACAUCGAUGCAGCAGCACUCGACGGCCAUUAACAAUAUCAGCUGGCAAGUGACUGGGAACAAAUCCCAAGUCAAUCCAACUCUGAAAGAGCUUUGUCGUGAUUUGAACGACAAGAUCAAUACAGGGAACAGGAGGUUGGCAGAAAUCAAGGAAGAAAAACGUGCACAGCAUGAACAAACCCUGCAGUACCUGAAGGGCAUUGAAUCUGCCGUAGACAGGAUGGUGACUGCGUUGGGGCAGGUGAAUGUUGUGACUGCUGCUCCGGUUGCACCUGGUGUGACACCCACUGGAGUUCCUGUGGGACCGGGUGUGGCAUCAACUGGAGUUCCUGUGGGGCCGAGUAUUGCAGCUCCUGGGGUUCCUGUUGGACCUACUACAACAGCAGCGAGCCCUGCUGUCCAUGGAGUUACGGGCGCGAUGAAUCCUCCCCUGGCACCACCACCAAUGGGGACACCGACAACUCCCGGACUGGCAGCCAAUACAGGAACGAGCUUCCCACCUGUACCACCGGCCUCUGUUGGUUAUGCACCACCGCCUGCAGCGCCGGCAGCGCCUGCAGCGCCAGUUGUGCAGCGCGCAGGGCGCAUUCGCCUGCGCACCCAUGAUGGGACGGAAAUCGUACGGGCCGUUUCGCCCAACCCUGCUCGUCGAGAGGCAAUCCCGGCAGGGUGGGCGGAGGAGUAUGGUAUGGGAACUCUCCAGUUGGGCCAGUUGGUAUAUCGAGUGAUUUCUGAUGAAUUCAUUCGAACGGCGGUUCAUUCCAAGCAGCAUCAGUGUUCGAUGAGCUUUGAAAAAGGGGCCCAGCCCACUGCUGGCUAUUGCGCAGCAGAGAAGGGUGAGGACGACGUGGUGAUCUGCUGCGCCGUGCGGACGGCCCUGUGUAAGGCGAAGCGAGGAUCCUUCAAGGACACAGCCCCCGAACUUUUGCUCGCAGCAGUCUUCAAGGAGGUGGUGGCUCGGACCAAAGUGAAUCCGAAGGACAUUGGAGACAUUCAGAUUGGCAAUGUGUUGCAGCCCGGCGCCAGUGGGCUCACUUCCCGCAUGGGACAGUUCAUUGCCGAGCUGCCCUACGAGAUUCCCUUGAGCACCGUGAACCGUCAAUGCAGCAGCAGCUUGCAAGCCACAGCCAGCAUUGCUGCCUUCAUUAAGGCUGGUGUCAUUGAUGUGGGCCUUGCUGGUGGCGUAGAGAACAUGAGCAUGUUCCCCAUGAUGGCCACCAUCGACAUUACGAAGCUCUCAAAGGAUGUCUUGGAUUAUCCAAAUGCCGAGGCGUGCUUCCUGCCUAUGGGCCUCACCAGUGAGAAUGUGGCGGCGGCCUAUGGCAUCCCCAGGGAUCGUCAGGACAUCAUGGCUGCGGAUUCCCACAAGAAGGCUUUGGAGGCGCAAAAGCAAGGAUGGUUCAAAGAAGAGAUCGUCCCUGUAACCGUGGAGAGCAAGGGCAAGGACGGCAGCGUCAAGAAGACGGUGGUGGACAAGGACGAAGGCCCCCGCGCCGGGGUCACUGCCGAAAGUCUCGGCAAGCUGAAGCCGGCCUUCAAGGCGGGUGGCAGCACCACGGCGGGCAACAGCAGCCAGGUGACCGAUGGAGCUGCUAUGGUGCUCUUGGCCAGGCGUUCGGUGGCCAAGAAGUUGGGUUUGCCCAUCCUGGCGCGUUUCCGUAGCUUCGCCUGUGUGGGUGUGGAUCCUAAACUGAUGGGCAUUGGCCCUGCUUUCGCCAUUCCUCCAGCACUGCAGCAGGCGGGGCUGAAGGUGGAGGACAUCGACAUCUAUGAGAUCAACGAGGCCUUUGCCUCGCAGGCCACCAUGUCGGUGGAUCACUUGAAGAUCCCCAUGGAGAAGGUGAACCCCAAGGGCGGCGCCAUCGCCCUGGGACAUCCCUUGGGAGCCACGGGCGCGCGACAGAUCGCCACCUUGUUGCCCGAGUUGAAGCGACAGGGCAAGAAGCAACUUGGACGACUUGGCUCGGUGUUGGGAAGGAAUCGGGGGGAUCCAACGGAUGGACAUUAUUUGCCAUUUUUUUCGGACUAG